CGCCCAGGCCAGAAUGUCAACAAACUGCUGUCAAGUAAAAGUUCUACAAUUUCUAAACUUAUAUGUAAUUGCACGUGUCUGAACCUAAAACUGAAAUUUUCUGUCAGCUUCGCCUUUCGGCAUGGAUUACUUGUUCAGUUUAGAAGUGUUGCACGUGCUUUAAGACAGGAAGUAUAAAUUCAAAGUCAGUAGAGGAAUCGUUAUGUGGUGGUGAGGUUUGAAAAUCAAAAUGUCAAAGUCAGGUGGAAGUAAAGUGGUGGAGGUGGAAGCUCCACAAUCUGCUGUCAAUCAGCUAAUGGGAUUGUAUGUAAUUGUAGCUUUCUUGCUGGCACUGUCAUGGCUUUUAGGAAACAUGUCAUUUUCUUUUUUAUGGAUUUUUGGAAUAAUAUUUGGUCUAUUUAUUGUGUGGAAAACAAGGUUGCGUGAAAUUUUAGAAAGGACUUUAGAUUGGCAUAAAGAAUAUCAUAACAGAAAAAGGGCACUAAGACAAGAAGAAACAGCAGAAUGGCUUAAUUUCAUUAUUAAUCGCUGGUGGGUGUUUAGUUCUGUGAGCAUUGAAGAUGUUGUAAGACGCAGAAUCAAUGACCGUCUCCAUAGUGUUAAGCCCACGUUCAUUGGUAAUUUAGAAUUAACAGGUUUUACAUUUGGCGACAUUACACCAUGCAUACGCAACAUCAAAGCUUUUGAGUGUACUGAUGGAGUGCGAGGGUUCAAACCUGCAUCCUGGUCCGAUGUGACACAUCCUCCAGCUGGCCUGGACAAGAUGUCAACAUUCCAGAUUGUGCUGGAGGCUGAUAUAGCAUCAAGAUGUGAGGACUUCAGGAUGGUUUUUAGAGCCAGGGCUGGAGGAGAGAGGAUCGGCUUAAGUUUUGACACAGCUGUUGAAGAGUUACGGAUUAAAGGAAGACUGCAAAUAGUGCUACAUAUGUCUAUGGAAGUACCCUUUCCUCAUAUCACCAAGGCUACAGUAUCUUUUUCUGAAGAGCCUGAGGUUUGGUUUAAUGUUACUGUGUUAAAGGCACUACAGUUAAUGGAAGUACCUUUGUUGAAAUCCUGGAUACAUAUCAAUGUUAUGGAGGGAAUUACUAAAGCCUUGGUUGAUCCAGGAAAAAUUGACAUUCACAUAGCAACAGUGGGGCCAGUAAAUGCUCAACAAUUUGUACCACAGAAUAAACUUGCUCAAGGAGUGUUAACUUUACAGUUAAAGGGGACACCAUCUGUAAAUGCAGAUGAAGAUGUUCAUUACACAAGGUUACGUGUAGGGAAAUGUAAAAGACAGUCAGCAGAGGUUCUAGCAACACAGGCAUGGGAAGAUUGUUGUUCCUUCUUUAUUUAUGACAUUACUAAUGAAAAGUUGAAUAUCAAACACAAGUGCAAACGUUUGUUGUCCACGGUGACCUUAGAGCAACAUGACCUCAAACUUUCAUCAUUCCCUUUUAAUCUGGAAAAACAAAUAAAUGAUGAAAUUGAGAAUAAAGAUGGUAGCAAAUUGAGUUUGAUGAUGGACUACUCACCACUCCCACAUAUCAACCUUGUGGAGGAGGAGCCAGUCUGUGUUCUACAACGAUCUGGUGUAUUAUAUGUAUGUGUGCACAGUGCCAGCAAUGUUAUUGCCAUGGACAAGUCAGGGUCAUCAGAUCCUUACUGUGUUGUCUUCUGUGACAGGAGAAGGGUGCUGACUACUCCAUAUAUACUCCAAAACAGGAACCCUUCAUGGCAGUCCCAGACAGAAUUCUUUGUCAGGGAUUUUUCUCAGUGCCAGCUGUCAUUCUAUGUGUUUGACUGGGAUGGUACUAACACCAUUGAUGACGAUUUUCUUGGAUCAGCUAUGUAUGCCAUGUCUGAGAAAGAGCCAUGUGUACUUAACAAGGCACUUGUCCUUGGUUACAACAAACAGGAUGAAGGUCAUGUGACAGAUAUGUCGCUAGGGCAGAUAUAUGUAUCCCUCAUCUUCAGACCAGUGCCUUCAGUUGAAAGAUCAGAGAGGUAUAGAUUAACAAGUACAGAUUCUAUGAACAACAACAACAACGAGUUCCUGUAUGUAGAGGACAUGGUAUCGCCUGGUACCCUGAGUAUCAUUGAUCAUGUGCAAAGGGCCAAUGGUAACGAUGAACAGGCUGGCAGUAGAAGACGUUCUAAAUAUUCUUCACUAUCCUCACAUGAUAAAGAUUUUAUGAAAGACAGAGUGUUUGUUGACCUUUGUAUUCUUCAAGCUAAAGAUCUCAUUCCAAUGGAUAGAAAUGGUUAUAGUGAUCCAUUUUGUGUGGUGAAGAUGGGUGAUACAAAAUUGUUUUCGACAAGUGUGAAAAAGAAGUCUCUGAAUCCUAAGUGGAAUGAAUCUGUGACCUUACAAGUGACAGAAGAUAGUGGAAAGCUUGAUAUUGAGUUGUACGACCAGGACCUCAUGUUCAAUGAUUUCCUAGGAAAAAUUAGUUUGACACUGGACCAACUGAAAGAGAUUUCUCUAAAGGGUAGUUCUGACUGGUUCCAGUUACAACAUGUAAAGUCAGGUCAACUACAAAUUACCUGUACAGUCACUGCACCAGAUACCUUGAAGAAGGAAGCUGGAAAAUCAGUGAGAUCAAGUAAAGAGAUUAACAUUGUGAGGGACCAGUCUAAAGCUUCACCAUCCAGAGCCUUAUCAUCAGACAGUGAUGUCUUCAUUACACCAGCAAAUACUCAGGUCACAAAGAGUGCCCCACCAGAAUCUUUAAAGAACCAUAAUCAGCCAACCCGCCAAAACAAUUUAGGAGUAAAUAAUAACAGUCCCAAUACAUCUACCCCACUCAAAGACAGCCCCAUCCCAACUUCACCUUUAAAGGAGAGUCCUGUGCCUCCAGUGCUGAGGAGGUCAGCAUCAGAUGUCAACGUUGGACGACGACCAUCUCAAACCAAUUCAAUGAACUCGUUUGCAGCAUUCCAAGAUUUAGAUACAUCAGGAGAGUCUACAGUAGGGCAAAGCAAGUAUCAUAUUGUCAGCGAUAGUUCAGAAAAUAUGAAUCUAUACAGUGCCAGUGAUUCCAAGAACAAUAGUGCAGUUUCCCCAUCCUCUGAUAUUGUUGCUUUAAGUCCAAAUGGCUUUGCAGACCGUAUGUUCAAUGUGACAGGGAAAGUAAUGAGUGUGCAGGGACUGAAAUUCAGUGAGGGAACUAUCUACUGUAAAGUCAGGGUUAUCUCACCAAACAAGCACAGACUGAGACAGAUAUUUGGUAGUCGUGUAAUAGCAAAAUCACCAAUGAUAAAGGCAACACAACCAACCCUCAACCUGCCUAUUGAUGUGGAUAGAGGUAUGGGUGUCAGUGGUGAAACGUUGCUCAAAUUUGAUAUCAAACGUGAAGGGAAGGAACAUUUAGCCACAAAAGCAUUCACCCUGCGGUCUUUAUUUAGUGGUCCAUGUGUCAAGCGUUGUUUAUCGCAGAAUAUGGGUGCACGACAUUUCGUCGAAACACAUUUUGUCGAACAGACAAAUGGACGAAAAGACAUUAUGCCUAAUGGGCAUUAUGCAGAAUGCGACAAUUAGUCGAUAAAAUUAACAGGCCACGACACUUGGUCGAAAAUAAAUUAUUAUUAUUGAUAAUUACUCAAAUUAAACGAUCAGUAAACGCCUAAAGGUGUUGUUUGUUGUUGAUUCCCUAAAGUCCUUUUGAUUAGAAAGAAUAUUAGACGAAUUAUGUUCACAAACGAGAAAUCAUAAUCCGGUCUUGGAUUUUCUGAAGGGAAUAAGCUUUAACAUCAAAUAUUGACUUUAUGGUGUAUCUAGACAAUGUUAUUUAAAUGGAAUUUCAAGUGCUGCUGUCAUCAAUUGUAAUGUAACAUGUAAUUUUUUUAACAGUAUAUUGUGUACUGUUCGAUUAGAGUUGAGGUAAAGUUAUGAUGAAUAAAUAUUUGAUGAUGAACCAAGUUGAGUCUACUUUAAUCGAGUUGAAAACUGAAAACAUAUCGGCAAAGUGGGUAAGUUAAAUUCGACUAAAUUCGACCAAAUUCGACGAAAAUUCUGUUAAAUAUACAUUCGACAUAAAGUCCUAUGAGACCAAUUGUACACUCGACUAAUUGUCCUUUCUGUCUAAUGUCUUUUCGACCAAAUGUCUUUCGACGAAUAGUCAUGGAAGCGCAGAAUAUAGUAUUACAGAGCUUGAUUUCCUUCUUUGUUUAAAUGGGAAUCAACAAUAAAACAAUGCUACAAUGAAUUAAGUUUAUUGUAAAAUAUAUAAACAAGAUAAUAACUUAAUUGAGCAAACACAACAUUCAGCAUCAAUAAUUGCAAAUCUAGUAUGACCUUAAUGGCAUAAUAUAAUAUAAAGUAUUGGAUUCUGU